GAUCGCCCAAGCUGUUAUCCAAGAUGCAGAAGCGCGGCAAACAACAGAUAAAGCUGUCAGAAUAUGGCUAACAGAGCUCAAAGAUGCAGCCUACAAAGCGGAGGAUUUGCUUGAAGAGUUUAUGUAUGUCAACAACAGUAAGCUUUCCAAACAAUAUAAUUUAAAUUUUACCAAGUCAAGGAACAUUCUUGAUGAUCUGCAGAAGACUGUGGUAGAAGGGCUCAACUUGCGGUUACUAGAAAGUAAAACUAUGGAUGAACAAUUUGACAUGAGAGAAACAAGUUCUUUUGUUAUUGGAUCUGAGGUCUAUGGAAGAGAGGAAGAGAAAAAGAAGAUACUUGAGAUGUUGUUGAUGCCAUCUGGAGAAUCCACGAGGGAACAUGCAACUGUAAUAUCAAUAGUUGGAAGUCCAGGCAUUGGGAAGAGCACUCUUGCUCAGAUGGUCUAUAAUGAUGAUUUGGUGAAAAAAAGUUUUGAUGUGAGAAUUUGGGUUUUUGUAUCACAUGGUUUUAAUGUCAAGAGGAUAAUUAAAGCAGCAAUUGAGUCGGUAACUGGAAAUCAAUGCAACUUAACAGAAUUGGACGCUCUGCAGUCUAAAUUAUGGAAUGUAUUGCAGAAAAAGAAGUACCUUCUUGUUCUUGAUGAUGUUUGGAAUCAAGAUCAGGAGGAAUGGGAUAAAUUGAGGCUGUUAUUCAGUGCAGGUGUUGAUGAAAGUAGGGUCCUUGUCACCACCCGGUGUCAAAAGGUUGCAAUGAUUAUAGAUUCUUCUGCUGCAUAUCAUUUGAAGAGAUUGUGUGAAGAAGAUUCCUGGGCUCUAUUCAAAAAGCGAGCUUUCUUCCAUCAAGGAGAAGAAGAGAACAAUCCCAGCCUUCUGGCAGUUGGCAAAGAAAUUGUUAGAAAAUGUGAAGGUGUGCCCUUAGCUGCAAAAGUUCUUGGAGGUCUCAUGAGCUUCAAGAGAGAGGAGAGGGAUUGGUUGCAUGUGCAGCACAGUGAACUUUGGGAUAUAGGAGUUUACAGAAAGGGAAUUUUUCCAGCCAUGAUUUUGAGCUACCUGCAUUUACCACUUCACCUCAAACAUUGUUUUGCAUUUUGCUCAAUCUUUCCAAAAGAUUAUGAAGUCCAGAGGGAGAAAUUAAUCCACAUGUGGAUGGCACAAGGUUUUAUCCUCUCAGACGGUGGAAGCAGGUCACUGGAGGACAUAGGAGAUGAGUAUUUUAGUGAGCUGCUAUGGAUGUGUGUGUUCGAAGAAGUCAAUAAUUGUGGAGGUGGUUCUACAGGAGGGUACAAGAUGAAUAAAGUCUUUCACAGCCUUGCAAGAUUUAUCACAGAAAAUGAACACUUAGUACUAGAGAAAGGACUUGGAAGAAGGAAUCUUGGACAAGUCCGUCAUGCAUCAAUUGUGUCCCAUCUUGGUUCAUCUCUAGUUCCGGAGGCCUUACAUCAAGCCAAACAUUUGAGAACUCUACUUGUCUUUUCUGAAGGAGGAAUUCCUACUGUCCCUUCACAUAUUUUGUCAAGUUUUGUUUACUUGCGGACACUGAAAUUGAGUGGAUGUCUCGUAAAUCUACCUGAGUCCAUUGGUGCAAUUUCAUUUUUGAAGUAUCUGGAUCUCUCCAACAGUCAUUUCCGCGAGUUACCUUCAGCCAUAUCUUCCCUUUGCUCAUUGGAGGUACUAAAUUUAUUUGCUUGCUAUAAUCUCAAAAAGUUGCCUCCCAUGGGCCAGAUUACUGGCCUCAGUCAUCUCAACAUAAGCGGAUGUGAAGCACUGGCAGAGAUGCCUAAUGGAAUCAAAGACUUAGUUCACCUUCAGACCUUACCAAUAUACAUUGUUCCUGUAAAUUUUCGGCUACUGAAGAGGUAUAAUCUGCUGAGAAAGAACUAUCAGUUCCCCCCAGGAAGCAUAUCAGACCUGAAACAUGGAAGCAUAUCAGACCUGAAACAUUUAAACCUUCGAGGUGAGCUGAAGAUCAAAUGCCUGGAUCAUUUGAUUGAUGUUGAAGAAGCUAGAGCAGCUAAUCUGAUGAAUAAGGAGUAUUUGGAAUCUUUAGGGUUGUGCUGGGGUCAUACAGGAGCAGACUUCGUCAUGAACCCUGACCUGGAAGCCAAUGCUGCAAGAUUUCAAGAGAGAAAACCUCCCAUUCCAGGGCCGUCAGAGGAUCCUGAACCACCAAUCCCUACAGUACCUUAUCUGGGCUUCGCUUGGGAAGUUCUGGAGUGCCUCCAGCCACAUAAAAAUCUGAAGAAAUUGUUCAUAGUUGGCUAUCCAGGAAUCAAGUUUGCACAGUGGACUCUUCCGAACCUGAUUGAGUUGGUAUUGCUCAACUGUCAAGGAUGCUUACAGCUUCCAGUUCUUGGUCAUCUUCCACUUUUAAGAUCAUUGCGCAUGGAAGGACUAAGCAGUAUUACACAUAUUGGCCAAGAAAUCUAUGGAGAUGAUGUUGAAGUCUCGUUUCCAUCACUUCAAGAGCUAUCUGUGAGGGACUUCCCACUUUUACAACAGUGGGCGAGGCUGGAUAGCAGAGAAACUUUCCCAAGACUCAGGAAAUUAAUUCUCAACAACUGUCCUCACCUGAUUUCAGUGCCACAUUUCACAUCUCUAGAGCACCUUGAGCUGCGGCAUUGUACUUCAACUGUAUUGAAGUGCAUGGAAGAUUUGACCUUGCUUUCAACUCUGGCUAUUGAAGGAUUCAAUGAGUUGUCGUGUCUACCUGGUGAAUUGAUCAGAAACAAUCAACUUCUCAAGAGCGUGAAAAUAAGCUCUUGCCGAGAGCUUCAGUCUCUAAGUUCAGAAUUCGGAGGCCUCACUUCCCUCACUCUCCUGAGCAUCCGUUGGUGUGAGAAUCUCCCUCUUCUGUCCAAGGAACUUGAAAACCUUGUUGCUUUGGAGGUUUUGGAGAUUAGUGACUGUCAUAGCAUAACAGCUCUGCAGGGGAACGUGAUGGAAGGUCUGAAGUCCCUCCAGGACCUGUCAAUAGAGAAUUGCAGUAGCCUGGCUUCAAUAUCCUUCGGGCUUCAGCAACUCUCAGCCCUUAAACAUUUGACCAUUAUGUACUGUCCAAGUCUAGCCGCAUUGCCUGAUAAUCUAGAGAACCUCCCUUCCCUUGUGAGUUUGGCCAUUAUAAGCUGCCCUAUGAUAGAAUUUCUGCCUGAGGCGAUCAAGCAUGUGACAACACUCAGGAGCCUGGAAAUACGCAGCUGUCCAGGACUCAAAGAUUUGCUCGAGUGCUUAGACAGUUUAACAUCGCUAAUAUCAUUUGCAAUAUCAGAUUGCCGUAACUUGAAGUCUCUGCCAGCAGCCGUCCGACGUCUCACCAAACUCCAGCACCUGACUAUUCAGGACUGCCCUGAUCUCCAGAAGCGGUGUCAACAGGAGAGAGGAGAAGAUUGGUGGAAAAUUGCUCACAUACCGCGAAGACACAUUUUCUCUUCUGAAUCAUUAAACUGAAAUAGGUAGCACAACAUUCUGAUUCUGCUUCAGUCUAUUGCAAAGAGGAGUUGGCAAUGUUGCUGUUUCUUUCAUUUUAAUAACCUUUUUUCUGUUUAAGUAUUGCUGGACUUGUAACUCAAAUAACUUCUUGUGAAGCUGUCUGCUAUGUCUAUGCCUUCAUUUGAUUAAUAAAAUUCCUCAAAAUGCCACUC